AUGUCAGCCAAUUUACAAAUAAAACUAGAGGACGCCCUCGACGAUAUAUUAAAGUCUGCAGGGUUCAUGUUUGAGAUAAUCAACCAUAACAGAGAGCAAAGCAAUUUGAUAGCUGGACCCAACAAUGAACUCAUCCAACAAUCGAUUGUGCAACAACUAAACGACAACAUUCAAAAGUUUAAUGAUAUCUUAGACCAGACCGUUUCGAAGUUUAACGAUGCAAAGUGGUGUGUUGCCGUUAUGAUUGAAAACAAACAAAAACUCGAGGAGUUGAAAAUAAAGGAAGACGGAGAAAGACAAAAAAGGGAUGCAGAAGCUAAACGAUUGAAAAAAGAGAUGAAAGCAAAGAAGAAGGCAGAGAAGGAAGCAAAAGCUGCUGCAAAAGCAAGAGAGAAGGAAGAAAAAGCUGCUGCAAAAGUAAAAGAAGAACAAGCUAAAGCUGCAGCAAAAGUAAAAGAAGAACAAGCUAAAGCUGCUGCAAAAGUAAAAGAAGAACAAGCCAAAGCUGCAGCAAAAGCAAGAGAGGAGGAAACCAAAGCUGCAGCAAAAGCAAGAGAAGAACAAGCCAAAGCUGCUACACGAGCAAGAGAAGAACAAGCAAGAGCAGUGGCAAUUGAAAAAAUGAAAGAAGUAGCUGCAAAAACAAAAGCAGCCAUGGAACGAGAAAAGAGAGAGAAGGAAGCAUUGAAAAAGAAGGCUGAAGAGGAAGCAAGAGCAGCAGCACGAGCAAGAGAGGAAAAACAAAAGUUUGACAAUUUUGAUGAUUUUCUUGGAAUUGAUAUUCCCGAUGCCGACGAAACCAUUGACGAAGACAUGUUGUCAUCUAUGAACUACGAGGAUCUAGGAUUGGACAACCCCAUCCAGGCCUCCCCAAACGCCUUACAAACUCAAACCAUUGACGACACCCCAAUGGGAACCGACAGCGCCAGUCUCGACUUGAACAAUAUUUUGGACAACGACGAACUGAUAUUAGCCGGCUUGAAUAUGAACUUGCUUGAUGACGCCAACACCUUCAACGAUAAUGAAGAGUUUGAUGUGGAUAGUUUCUUAAACCAGUUUGGUAAUUGA